AUGGGAUGCGGCACCUCUGUUACCACGGAAACACAAGGGAAGAAAGUGGAAACGGAUGAAGCCGUGAAGACGACCCCCCCGGCUCUGACUAUGAAGGCGGCGGUUUUGAUCCAGCGAUGGUACCGGCGCUACAUGGCCCGUAUUGAGAUGAGGCGCAGGUACACAUGGAACAUCUUCCAGUCGAUAGAGUAUGCCGGAGAACAGGACCAGCUGCAGCUCUCCAGUUUCUUCAGUUUCAUGCUGGACAACGUCGGCCAGCUGAAUGGAAGUGGGCCAGACCUGAUCUCCCAGCUGCUGGACCCGCUGGUCGACCCCUGGCUGGACAGAGAGAGGUGCUACGACCAGAUCCCCGUUCCGGAGUCGUACGCCGGACCCCGACUCUCGUUUCCUCUCUCCAUCUCGGACACGAACGCUCUGCUCGGUGCAUUCAAAGAGCAGCAGAUUCCUCUUUCUUCCACGCAGACUCUGCACGCCAGAUAUGUUCUGCAGCUGCUGUACGAGACCAAAAAGCUCCUGAAGCAGAUGCCCAACAUCAUCCACCUGUCAACAUCCUACAUCAAUGAUAUCACAAUAUGUGGUGAUCUACAUGGGAGGCUUGAUGAUUUACUGCUCAUAUUUUAUAAGAACGGCCUCCCCUCUGCAGAGACGCCUUAUGUGUUUAACGGGGACUUUGUGGACCGUGGGAAAAAGUCAAUCGAAGUGGUCGUCCUCCUGUUCGCGUAUCUUCUGCUCUACCCCGACUACAUGCACCUGAACCGGGGAAACCACGAAGACCACAUCAUGAAUCUCAGAUACGGGUUCACAAAAGAAGUGAUGCAGAAGUACAAGACUCACUGCCACGAGAUCCUGCAGCUGUUUCAGGACAUUUUCAGCCUCCUGCCCGUCGCAACAGUCAUCGACGGGAAAAUCCUGAUAGUACACGGAGGAAUAUCGGACCAGACUGACCUGGACUUCCUCAGCUCCAUAGACCGACACAAGGUGAAAUCUGCCCUGAGGUUUCCCCGACACAGUCUGGAGCAGCUAGACAUCGGUCAGUCCAGCAGACAGGCCAAAAGAAUUAGAUUGACAGACGGCUCUCGUCCCGGCAGCAGUCGAAGCCAAAGCAAGAACCACAGGAAGAGGCAACGUUGGCUCGGCCGGCAAGACAGCGCCGCCUCCAGUUCUUCCUCCUCGUCCUCCUCCUCUUCCAUCUGUUCACCUCGGACUCCAUCCUGCCUCUCGCCUCGCCCGUGCCCGUCUUCUCCCAGCUUGCCUUACACCAUCAAUGUCCUCCAAGUGCCUUUCCUGGACUCUCUGUCCUCUGUUCCCCCUCCAGCACCCCCGGCGCAUGAUCGGGAAUGGAAACAGAUUGUGGAUAUAUUGUGGAGUGACCCCAAAUCCCAAGCGGGCUGCAGUCCCAACACGUUCCGAGGAGGAGGCUGCUACUUCGGCCCCGACGUCACCCAGAGGCUGCUGCUCCAACACGGACUCCAGCUGCUCAUCAGGUCCCACGAGUGCAAACAGGAGGGAUAUGAGCUCUGUCACGGUGGACAGGUGAUCACCAUUUUCUCAGCGUCCAACUACUAUGAGGAGGGAAGUAACCGCGGUGCCUACAUCAAACUGGGCAGGGAGCUGGUUCCCCGCUUCUACCAGUACCAAGUCAGCCGCACAACACGCAAACUCACCCUGACUCAGAGAGUCCGAGUGGCUGAAGGCUCUGCUCUCAGGGCCUUGAAGGAGAAGCUGUUCACCCAUCGCUCUGAGCUGGUGACGGGAUUCCAGCAGUUCGACCAGAACAGCACCGGUUGUUUGUCGGUCAGUGAGUGGGCUCAGGUGCUGGAGUCCGUGCUGAGACUGGAUCUGCCCUGGAGGACCCUCCGUCCACACUUGUGCCGUCUGACAGCAGAUGGCAGUGUGGAGUAUCAGUCCUGCUUUGAGGACAUGAGCACAGGGAUUCCUCUGCCAACGGUCGCUCCAAGUUUGGCUGAAACUCUGUUCAGAUACAGGACGGACAUCGAGAUAAUAUUCAACAUCAUAGACAAAGACCAUUCAGGUCUGAUCUCCACCGAGGAGUUCCGUCACACCUGGCGUCUGUUCAGCGCUCACCUGGGCGUCGACAUCGACGACAGGGCCAUCGACGAGCUGGCUCGCAGUAUCGACUUCAACAAGGACGGCAGCAUAGACUUUACUGAGUUCCUGGAGGCCUUCAGAGUCGUACACAAACUGGACAUCAAGGACCAGCCACUCAAGUGUUCGUGA